UACUGCGGUUUUUUUUCCCCCUUUAAAAUAAGAUGUAAUAAGCAGCUGAAAAAGAUGGGGUUUCUGACCAUGAUUUUUCUCGGAUCCUUCCGUGGUCCUCACGACGUAUCUUCGUUUUCAUGUUCCGAGAUAUACGAUCUAGAUUCGUGUCCUAAGAUCGAGAUUUUGGCCUUUUAUAUGUGAGUAUGGAUAGAGUUCAGAGGUGGCAUGGUCGGGAGAGAACCUCCCAUGGAUGUGCAGCAAAGUUCAGAAACCUCUCACAUAAGAAAUUGGGCUCUCAUCUUCUUUCAGAGGGAGAUUGGCAGAACAGGAGACCAGUUGACUCCUUAAAUGACACGCCUGAUUCUACUUCUUGUAGUAGUGGUUCUGGAGAUGAUUCAUUUAUGUUUGAUUUGAGAAGUUCUUCAAAACAAGCUGGUGAGACUCCAAAAAAGAAGCUAUUAGCGGAAGAAUUGUCACAAGAUAUGGAAUCCAAGCAACGUCCUCCAAGUGUUAUUGCAAGACUGAUGGGUCUUGAUGCACUGCCACCUCAACAACCUGUCCAUAAGCAACCGAAAAUCUUCUCAGAAAACUACCUCCAGAAAACUGCAUCUAUAGAGAAUAAGCCAUCAUAUGAGUCCCGUCCCUCGAGAAAGAAGCAAGAUAAGGAGUAUAUAGAAUUCAAGGAUAUCUUUGAAGUCCUGGAAACAUCAAAGGCAGAGAACCAGAGUCAUCCAUCAGUUCAGAAAGGGAUAGCAAAUGCUAAACCUAGAGAUGCAAAUAUGAUAUUCAUAAAGCAAAAGUUCAUCGAUGCAAAACGUCUAUCGACUGAUGAGAAGCUUCGACAAUCAAAGGAAUUCCAUGAUGCACUAAAGGUGUUGAACGCCAAUAAGGAUCUCUUACUAAACUUUCUUCAAGAACCAGAUUCUCCGUUCACAAAACAUCUCUAUGAUCUCCAUGAGGCCCCACCCCCUCAACAGUUUGGUCACAUAACAGUCUUAAAAUCAUCAAAUGCUUCAAAGCAUGAACACACUGACAUAUGCUGGAAUGCUGAGCGCAAAACUGACCAGUGGGAAGCUAUGAACUCACUUCAGAAAGAGUUUGGCCAUGGCCAUGAUAGAGAUGGUGCCUACAGUUUGAUGAAGAACAUGAAAUCUCGAUCUGAAGAGAAGGAUGAGGACUGUAAUCUGCCUACCAGGAUUGUUGUUUUGAAGCCCAACACUGGAAAGGCACAGAAUGCAUCACGAUCUGCCUCGUCAAGUUCUUCCAUAGGCUUCCAGUCCGGGUGCAGGAUAAAUGGUGAAUCUCAAAGUUCUGAGAACCAUCAGUUAUUUGCGGAGGUGUGGAAUAGGAAAAAUUCAUCAAACAAUAUGAGGCAUAGAUCUAAAAGUUCCAGAGAAAUCGCAAAGGAGAUCAUUAGACAAACGAGACAAGUUGCAAGCAAUAGUUCUGUAAGGGUGUCCAGCAUAGGGCUCAGAGGUUAUGCUGGGAAUGAGAGCGGAAAUGAAUUAGAGGCAGUGCCGCCAACUUCUAGACAUAAUCUUGACCCGAAGAACAAGUACAGCCCAUCAUCAUCAUGUUCAAUUGAGUCAUAUGUCGGCAUGGAGGCAAAGAAGCGACUCUCAGAAAGCUGGAAGAUGACUAGCCAGUAUCAAGAAUUGGGAUUGGUUGGUAAGGGCAGCAGCCGCAGCACGCUUGGUGAGAUGCUUGCUAUGCCUGAUAGAGAAACCCAGCCAUUCACAUCUGGAUCAGGUGAUGGCUUGGCAAGGAAUGAUGGAAUAGCAAGGUGGGGAAGCCCUAUUGGUAUUAGCAGUAGAGAUGGUUGGAAAGAUGGCUAUUCUAGAAAUCAUCGAAGGUCUAAAUCCGUUCCAGCUUUGUCUUUUGUAUUUGGAAGUCCGAAAUCAGGCAUUGGUCAUGGAGCUAUAGGGAAUGACAGAUGUUUGAUGUCAAAAGCUAUCAAUCAGGGAUCACAUAGGUUAAGAAUCAGAAAUUCCAACCACACAGAAGAUUCCUUUCUCAGGGACCUAAAAUCCAAGAAUGAAAAAUCUUGCUCUUCUUUUAGCACAAACAGGGAGAAUAAUCAUGCUGAACAGGAAACUCAUUUGAGCCUGGGCAAACCAAGAGAGAAUCUAGUAGAGAGGGAUCAAGCUGAUCAAAAACCUAUUAUUCCUGAACCUCUCUCUUAUGUAGCAGACAAGAGGUUGAUUGUUGAGGAAGUGCCAGUUCCUGAGAUUCGGGAUAUGAACAGACCCAGUUCUGAAGAGCAACUGCCUGAAUCAACUGAGUGUAUCAUGUUAGAUAUCGUUGAAGAAUCCUCCAUUCAUGACAUUAAUGAAUCAAUUCUAAAGGAAGCACCAGAACAAUACACUGAGGAAGGUUUGCUCUCUGCAAACUGUUCUUUACCUGAAUCAGAAUCUCCAGGAAGUUUCAAAGAGGUCGAUCAGCCUAGUCCAGUUUCAGUUCUAGAGCCAUUUGUGGAAGACAUGUCAUCUGGUUCUGAGUGCUUUGAGAGGGUUAGUGCUGAUCUAAAUGGUCUUCGGAUGCAGCUUCAACUUCUCAAAUUGGAGACCUCAAAUCCAUAUGGGGAUGAAUUUGGAAUGAACGUCUCAAGUGAUGAAGACACGGGGGAAGAAUCUGUAAAUCAUUUAGAACAGAAAGGCAAAAAUUUGGGCAUUAUGAGAACUGGAGAGAAUCGAGACUUCUCCUAUGUUAUUGAUGUGUUUGUUGACUCGGGUUUAGAUGGUGUGAAUCGGGAAAUGAUUUUGUCAGCUUGGCACUCACUGGAAAUCCCUGUAGACUCCGAGGUGUUUGAGAAGCUUGAGAAAAAGUAUGGGGAGCAAUUGACUUGGCCAAGGUCGGAAAGGAGGUUGUUGUUUGAUCGUAUAAACAAUGGGUUGACGGAGAUUUUUUGGCCAUGCAUGGACCCCCAUCCUUGGGUGAAGCCCACAACAAGAAGAUUAGCUACUUGGUGUGAAGAGCAUCUCGUGGAAGAGCUAUGGAAGUUGCUGGGGGACAAGGGACAAAAAGGAAGUAAUGAGGCAUCAGAGAAGGGUUUGGUGAGAGAGAUGAGGUGGUUGGAGCUAGGAGAUGAAAUUGAUGUACUGGGUAAGGAAAUUGAGAAAUUGUUACUUGAUGAGUUGAUAGAGGAGGUAAUUAGCAUGUAAAGAGUUGUUACCAAAGGUGGUUCUUUCUUAUCUUUCCUCUUCUCUUUUCUAAUUUUGUAGGUGGAUAGGGAUGCAUACUUGUAUUGAAAUGAGUGU